GGCAGAUCACUUUUAGUUGUAUCACUUGUAGAUUUCACUGCAAAGAAAGAAAUUGAAAGAUCCUUUCAAAAUGCAACUCGAACUUGUUUUACAUGUCAUGGUGAUGACCAUAUGUUGUUCGUACCAGCUUAUAGUGACAGCAACUAUAGAAGAUGAGAUUAAACUUAUCAAUGAUGUCAUCGAAAAGCGUUCAGUGUUCUCCAAGUGUGACCCACAAAGCGAAAAGAUUGUUUAUAUCAAUGUCAUAUUCUUCCCUAUGUUCAUAAUUGAACUACAAGAAAGAGAGCAAGUUCUUUCCUCAAGUGGGUAUAUCGACCUGUGGUGGACGGAUUCGAGAUUAACGUGGAAUGCCAGCAGUUAUGGCGGAAUUGAGAAAAUGUAUGUUAAACAAAAUAUGAUAUGGAUUCCGGAUAUCAUAACCGAAAAUUCUGUCGCAGGUUACAACAUCCUGGGAUCGGGUGAGGAUUUUGUUCUGGUUCACUCUAGUGGAAAAGUUGAAUGGUCACCUGGAAACAUUUUCAAAACUGUCUGUAAAGUUGACGUUUUCACAUUUCCAUUUGAUUCUCAGAAAUGUUUUUUAAAUAUCAGCUCAUGGAUGUAUAACAGCAAAAGGGUAAGCCUUCUGGCCACAGAGGAUUCCAUUAACAUGGACUUUUUCACGAAGAACUCGGAAUGGAUAUUGUCAAACGUAUCUGUUUCUAAGUCUGCAUCUACCCCCACGGGUGAAAUUGAGACACAGGAGAUGAUGUCUUUUAUAUUUAGACUCAAACGCCACAGUACGUUUUACGUCCUCAAAAUCAUCAUUCCCCCUGUCAUCUUAUCCAUUUUGAACAGUUUUGUGUUCAUCGUUCCACCAGAGUCUGGAGAGAAAGUAUCCAUGUCUGUAACCACCAUGCUAUCCCUGACAGUGUUCCUCAGUUACAUCGGUGACAUUACCCCCAACAACUCAGACAGCAUCCCUAUGAUUGCUCUGUUUGUUGUCCUUCACCUUGCUCUGGGAGCCUUAUCAAUCAUCUGUAACAUCCUAAUUUUGAACAUACAUUUUGAAGCUAUGAAGGACAAGGAAAAGCGGGAUUUAAGAAGGGAAAUAAUGGUCAACAGAUCAAACAAAGAUGAACCUGCCGAAGUUACAAUGGACCAAAUACCUAACUGUGAGAAAAUACCUAAAGACAUGAAGGCUCAGAGGGCUAGGAAGAUUAUUAGAAACCUUGAUAUGUUCUUCUUUGGUUUCUCCAUGCUGAGUUCUAUUGGUGUCACGGUUGGCUGUGUAGCAAUGAUGCUAACUUAACAUUUAUGUUUUAGUCUGUCUGCAGUGAAAACGUACCGAUGAAUUUCACUUUA